AUGUGGAUCAUAUAUUUUAAUGCAACUCCUCAUUUUUGGCUUAGUGGUGGUAAAGUCUAUCGAAUAGGGAAAAAGGAGUGUGAUAUAACAAUUAAAGAUGACCCCAGCAUUAGUCGAACUCAUCUUUCCUUUGAAAUUGGUCUCUCCCCGCUACAGCAUAUCGCAAAGGGCAACUCUUCUUCACAAAUCAAUGCCGUCAGCCCUCAGAACAAUAAAACUGAUUGUGGCAGUCAUUUCACUAGUCUUGAUGCACAGAAUACCGCGUGUGAUGCUCCAGCCGCGAUUACCCUCAUAGAUUCCUCUACCUAUGGCAGUACCGCAAUUGCUCUAGGCUGCGAAACGAAUGCUUCUGGGCUAGAGAAAUCUUUAGCCACAGCCUCUGUGUUUCAAUAUUCGGCGCUUGGAAUAGCAAGUUUACCGCCGCAGACCCAUGUCGCUACUGAGGCAUGCAAUAAAGUGUCAUCGUCAGUUGUUAAACCAAAGCCGACGAUGGUAUUGCUUAACAAUGCAGCAAAUGUGGGACGAGAGCAACAUCGAAUUGUUAAAGGAGUUCCUUUUCAUGUUCCAUUAGACAGAGUCAAUUGGCGCAGGUUUGCUUUAGUUCUUGGAAACCAUGGUGCAACACUAGUAUUCGCCUGGGAAGAUCUCCAUGUGCUGAUAGAAAACAUCAAAGAGUAUCAGCACACCAACUUGGAAGGCGAACUGAAUCAUUGUGGUAUGAAGCUUCUGGCUUCGUCGAACUCACACGGCUAUUGUACGGAUGCGCUAGCAAGGGCUGACCUUUUAGUAUCAAGUUUUUCUGAGCCAACUCCAUGCGUAUUGGCGAUGUUGUGCCGUAUGGUGCCUGUCGUGUUGCCAUCUUUUUUUACUGAUACACUCAACCGUGUGACACCACAGGUGCCUCUUCCUAAUUUGUGCUCCUACUUGCCGCCUACUAGUCCUGCUUGGAGGCAUUUCGUUCCUUCAGCGGACUUUCUCGAACUUGGGAAGAAAAAUAAUUCGUCAAUACCAAUUUCUCCCGAUUUUCUAAAACCUAAUUCCCAGAGGAAAGAUCUGUUUGCUGGAUUUACUUUUGUGGUGUUGCGGCAGACAUUGCUGAACGAGAUAGCGUUUUUUGUAGAAUGUGCGAAAGGUUCUGUUGUGCUAGACGAUACAUUGAAAAAACAGUCCAACGGUUCAAUUGCACAAGACGACUUGUUUUUUUUCACAGCGCAUCAUAAAGGGCAUAUCAUAGUGAUUAAAAAGGUGGAAAAGGAUGCACUUGAGGAGUACAUGAUCGCAUUGAAUAAUAAAAAUCUAGUUCGAUGUAUUGACUAUGAUAUACUAGUACGCUGUGUGGUAUUGGCCGAGCCUCUUUCACAAAUCAUUUGCCAGGAUUUUUCGUCGGGUUUAUUUAUGUCAUUGACGGAAAAAGACAAGGGUGCGAUAAGCGUAGACGUGCCUAGUGGUCGGAGCAGCUCUAACGUACGGAAAACUGAGACUAUUCCAGUUUUUUCAAGUCUCAACUCUUUAGAAGAGAAAGCAGAUGUUGGUUAUGAGCGAGUAUCAUCAACAAUAACAUCCGACACCGAAAGAUUUGUGGACACACACGGUUGGAUCAGCCGUCGAAAUCCGGGCAAUUCAACAGCAGAUCGCUCAGAGACACUUUACAAUCACGACCCACACUUUGAAAUCUCGACAAUGGCAGGACACGUAACUUCCCACAAACGAACGAGGGAUGAGCUGGGUGAUACUUGGGCCAGUCCUGAUCACACCGGUGAGCUUAGCUGGAAUAAGCUGGAGCUACAGCCAUAUCCAUGUUUCCAAGCGUACCACAGUGAGGAUACUUCUACUACUACUGCGCCUACACCCUAUUUGGCACCUAGACAAUUUUCCAAACAAUAUGUUGAAGCGACAAGUUGUCCCCCAGCAGAACUUGAUAUGUCUUUUCUUGGUGCAUCAGAGAUGGAUGGGUUGUCCUCUCGAGUGCUAGAUCUUUCCACAAGUGACAUCAUUCCUGAUCGUCGGUCAAUAGCCCGCAAUUUAGCUGAUGGUCGUGGUUCUGUUCAACAUUCCUCAUCAUUGCAAAAUUUUGAAGUGAUGGCAGUUGGUGGUGUAGCAACGGUUGUGAAAGCUUUUAACACAUUUGACACCGCUGCACACAACUCUGUCAACAAGAAAAGAGCCACUGUAGCUCGGAAGCGCAUCCAGACCGAUAGGUCUCGAAAUGGGGCCGGUAAUAUGAACCACACUGUUAGAACGAGUGAUGCAGGAACAGACUACCAACCAUUCUCUUCGUUUCUUUCUACUUCACAUGAGGCUUGCAAUAAACCUGAUACCUUAGAGAGGGUUGACAAUAACUUUCACAAACCUGAGAAUCCAAGCUCAACUCAUAGCGUCUUUCCCAUUGGUUCUACUCACACUGAUUUCGAUAUCUUUGAUAUAGAGGGUAUUUUUUGAUAUCAAUCUUUAAAGAUACUUUUAUAUCUUCAA